AUGACAACUUACGCGGCCUUCCAGCAAUACGAUCUCCUGGACUCCGAGGGCUACGGGUCGGCGAGUAGCCCGGAAUCGAAUCCGCGUGGCAAUUGGCAUCACCAGGAGAUCUAUCCGCAGCCGCCGCGAUCCAGGGGUAGCAGCUGCGGCAGCGUUAGCUCCGUAGACAGCCACCACCAGCAGGAGUACCAAGAGAUCGGUAGCGUUCCAAAUGGCAGCCUCCACGUGACCGCUGGCUUCAAUUUCGGCGACUUCUACGAGGGAUAUUAUCAGGAGGGUGGCUGUCGGAACGAGCAUCAGUCAACACUGAACGUUAACGGCGCCAGGAAUAUCAAAGAUCAUCACGCCAAGGUGACUUACAGAAUGAAUGAACAGUGCACAUCUUACGACGACGCAACGUCCAGGAUGACUUUUAACGAGAGUACCGUAAACAAGCAAGAGCCGGCAGGAUACAUUCAAAAAAUGGAUCAUCAUCCAGUCGGGAUGUUUGCAAAUUCCAGAACCGACUUUGGCCAGAAUCAGGAGGCUUUCUUCGCCACGAAAAGCUACGUAAAAAACGGUAUCUAUCAUCCGCGGAACGAAAGUCACCCUUACGCUCAGAGAACGGAUGUUCUUUAUCUAGGCGCCGCUUAUAACGUGCCGAGGAAUGAAGCUAACCUAGUGAACGGUCAGCCGGGCAAAUGCGAUCAGUCGAGGUAUCAUCAGAGAAACGACAGCCUCCACGUUUUGCCAGCGGAAUACCAAGGGCAGAAAUCCAAGGAUGCGGCGGUGCAGAAGAUGAAGAACAGCACGCCCGGCAUCGAGGUACUGAGGAAGAGGCGACUGGCGGCAAAUGCCAGAGAGAGAAGAAGAAUGAAUAGUCUGAACGACGCCUUCGACAGACUACGGGACGUCGUGCCCAGUCUGGGCAAUGAUAGAAAGCUCAGCAAGUUCGAGACGCUGCAAAUGGCGCAGACUUAUAUCGCCGCGCUCUACGAACUGCUACAGCGCGAAUAA